AUGGAAAUGGAGUGGAAGAAACUAAUGGCAGACUGGAAGAAAGAAAACAAAAAUUUAGAAAGCAUUGGCCUCAAACUGAAACAACUUAAGGAACUAAUGAAUAAUGCUGAUGCUUUGCGAGGUCUCAGUCAUGAAACUAUUAUUUUGAUUCAUCGAGAUGUAUUUGAGAUAGAGGUAUUGUACGCGAUACUCAGAUCCGAUCUUGAUUCUUUCCAACAAGCUAUAAACGUUGUUCUAAGUUUCUAUAAAUCUUACAGUUCUAGCGAAAAAUGGCCAAACAAAUGGUUGAUGAUUGGCCUAAAUCUAAUGUACCUCCUUGCUACCAAUCAACAUCCUGAAUUUCAUAUGUUAUUGGAGCAAAUCGAUGAAGAAAUUCAACAAAAUAAUCCUUAUAUUCAUAUACCGCUAACACUGGAGCAAUCAGUAAUGGAGGGAGCCUAUCAUAAGAUAUUGCUGACAAAAAAAAAUAUCCCAAGUCCUUACUACACAUUAUUCAUGCAUAUGUCAAUGAAUACUAUUCGAGAGGAAAUAGCAGCAUGUGUAGAAUCUGCUUUCAUCCAAAUAACUCAGAGAGAUGCCGCAAAAUUACUUCUUUUCAAUGAUGUCCACGAACUGAUGCCUUUUGCAGAAAAGGUAAUUCUUACUUGCUGGUGA